AGAUGGCGGAGACCUGUCGUAGAUAAAAAGGGGACAACGACCUCCUGCAAAGAGGUUUGAACAAUCAUUCCAAUCUCACAUCUUGUGCCUUUCAAGCUUCACUUGAGAGACAUAACAGAAAUCACAUAUUCGCCAAAAUGGGUUCCAUCGAGUCAGGAUACUACCCCGAAGCCUCUGGCAACACCAUGAGCUACGGUCAGAGCUAUGGUCAGAGCAGCUACGGCCAAAACAACGGCCUAGCAACCACCGGCGGCCACGCCAUGAACUACGACCGAGGCAACGGUUUCCCUAACGGCGGCCCUAACUACGAACAAGGCUGGAACCAAAGUAGUGGCCAAAGCUAUGGUCAAAAUAACGGCCAAAGUUACAGCCAAGGCAACAACCAGAGCUAUAGCCAAGGCAACAACCAGAGUUACAGCCAGGUCAACAGCUUAAAGCAGACCCCGACUAUCCCAACUCUGAAGCUGAACGAUGGCAACGAGAUCCCAAUCCUCGCCUUCGGUCUCGGAUCCGCUUUCCACGGCGGCCAGUCGGACAUGGUCCGCAACUCGGCACUCACAGCCAUCAGGAAUGGCUUCUACCACCUAGACGCCGCUGAGGUGUACGGAAACGAGAAGGAACUCGGCGCCGCCAUCCGCCAAUCCGGCGUCCCGCGAUCGCAACUCUACAUCACGACCAAGGUGUGGACGGUCGCUAGCAACGUCAAGGCGGCCUUCGACGCGUCGCUCGAGCGCCUCGGCGUCGACUACGUCGACCUGUACCUGAUCAACUGGCCGCAGAUCGCGGACAAGCCGGACCGGCUGCAGCAGAUCUGGUCCGAGAUGGAGGCCAUCAAGCAGUCCGGGCGCGCACGCUCCAUCGGCGUGUCCAACUUCCUGCAGAACCACCUCGAGAUGAUCCUGCAGACGGCCCGCAUCCCGCCCGCCGUCAACCAGAUCGAGUACCACACCUACCUGCAGCACGGCGGCCUCGUCGACUUCCACCGCCAGCACAACAUCGUCACGGCGGCCUACUCGCCUCUCGCCCCCAUCACCAAGGCCCACCCUGGCCCCUGCGACAACACCCUCGCGUCGCUCGCCCGCAAGUACGGCGUCGGCGAGGCCGACAUCGCCAUACGGUGGGUGCUCGACCAGGGCAUCGUCGCCGUCACCACCAGCACCAGCGAGGAGCGCGUGCAGAGCCUGAGGAGGAAUCUGCCCACCUUCAAGCUGACCGAGGCCGAGAUCCAGGACAUCGGCCACCAGGGCAAGCAGAAGCACUUCCGAGGCUACUUCAACGACAUCUACGGUGCCGACGACAGACGGUAAAUGGGGUAGCCAUCUAUACUUACCUAUCAGGUAGUAGUAGUAGCAGCUACUAUAUUGUCUUUACGCAAGGCAUAUUAGAAUGGGGCCUGUUUUUCUCUCUGUUUUCUGUGUGGCGGGGUAUUUUUCUGGUUCUGGUGAGGUCGGGUCGGAGGGGUCAUCAUCAUCACGGUAGUGUUACAUCGCAUUAGGUCUCCAGCGGGCUGGAAUUGCUACCUGGCUUGGUCACAUAGAUCUGCUCAUCCACAAUAUUAGCACAAAUAUAGCUAAGGCUCCUUUAGGCCACCAAAAAAAU